UCCUCAUAGCACAGCGGCUAUAGUUUCUUGGCAUAUACUUGAAAUCUCAAAGCAUCUCUUGCUUGGCUUUCUUCGUCUUCUCUCUCCAAUUACACCAUGAAACUGAGGUUGAGAUCUCUGGAAACCAAAGAAACCCUAAGAAUGGAAGUCCCCACUCCAUGCUCUCUCCAGGAAUUCAAAGAUCUCAUUUCUCAGAGGAUUUCUUCUUCUUCUUCUUCUGCCGUACACAUCUCUCUCAAUCGCAAAAACGAACUUUAUAGUUCUUCACCGGAACAAGACUCUCUUCAAUCACUUGGUAUUACCUCCGGUGAUCUCAUCUUCUUCACCCUUAACCCCAAUGGGUUUUCCUCUGGGACCCCAAUAGCCCAACAUCAAACCCAUCAAGAACCCCGAUCAAAUGACCCUCAAGAUUCGAAAGAAACACCAAUUCCAAAACAACAAAUCACAGAUUCUGAAGCUAAGGUUGGUAGUAUUUUGGAUUUUAAUACCCAUAACGAGAAAACCCUAGAUUUGAAUACACAGAAAGAGGAAAGUUUGGAUUUGGAUUCACAAAUUGGGGAAAAUCAAGAGUACAUGGAUGUAGAUGAUGAUGGGCCUGUUGUGGAGGCUGGGAAGUCUUUUUCUGUACCUGGGUUUCUCAGGAAAGUGUUCACGCAGGAAUUGGGUGAUGAUGGUGGUCGUGAUCAUAAACUAUUGGUGAUAGCUAUUCAUGCUGUCCUCUUAGAGUCUGGCUUCAUUGGAUUCGAUCCUGUUUCCAAUAUCGAGGUUCAUGGGUUUCAGUUUCCCAAUGAAUGGCCUUCCUCGGCGUUUAGGAUGUCAUUGAGGUACACUCUUCCUGAAAUGAUCGGUCAAAUUAAUGGCAGUGUUAAUGGAAUUGAUACUGUUGUAUUGAAGUUUCAGAGUUUAGGGAAGUUCUUUAAUGUUUAUGGGUCUUUAGCUAAUGGGUCUGGAACGCAUUGGGUGCGUUUGGAUGAACACAGUUUGGUUCCCUUCUUGAAUAUUGUGUGGGCGAAUUGUGGUUCAGUUGAUGAAAUCGGGGGACAAAAUGGGAUUUCUAGUACAACCCCCGAGAGAGAGGUUUUUAAUCUUUGGAGGUCUCUGAAGGAUAGGCUUGCAUUGCCUUUAUUGAUUGAUUUAUGUGAGAAGACUGGUUUGGAACUUCCACCGUGCUUUAUGCGUCUUCCAAGUGACCUUAAACUUAAGAUUUUGGAGUCAUUGCCUGGUGUUGAUAUAGCAAAGGUGGCUUGUGUUUGCUCGGAAUUGAGGUACUUGGCCUCGAGUGAUGAUUUGUGGAAGCAAAAGUUUGGGGAGCAGUUUGGUGAUGCAGUGAGAUUGGAGGGAGGGGGCCAUUGGAAAGAUAAGUUUGGGAAGAAUUGGGAAUGGCGGAAAAGUAGGAGGAGGAGGAUGACAGUUAGGGGCAAUAGAGGAAUAUACAGAAGGGAUCCUAAUCCGUUUUUGGGUCUUCCAUUUCCACGGGUUAUUGGUGGACCUCAUGAUAUUUGGCCAGGACUGGUUGGCAACCAUUUUUCUCACAGGCAACCAGGCAGAGGGUACCCUCGUUCUCAUUGUCGGAAUCAUAUCCCUCAUUGUAAUCUGGGAGGACCUGAUGCGUAGUCUAGCAAGUUGAAGACUUUCUUGAUCAUGGUUGUGUGCCAAAAACUGAACCAUUUUGAGGUAGUAUAUAUUGAUGCAGUAAGUUUUUCGUAAAUGGCUUUGCAUUUGUUGGUGUUCUUUUAGAUGUCUUGCUUGUUCAGGAAGUUUAUGUUCAUGCUAGUAGUGUUUGAGAGUUCGAUCAGUGGAGAAAGGGACAGGCAGACAUAUGCUUAAUGUAGAUAAUUGCGCCUGGUUUCUGAUAUUUGCUGGGAUAUACUUGCUACUUGGAUAUACUUACUAUUUUUUUUUUUUUUUUUGGGUGACAGCUUUGGCAGAGCUAGAGCUGGGGUUUUAUGUGCAUAUCUUGCACUUAUGACUAUGUGUAGUAUUUAUUUCCAGCUUGUAGUGCUUGAAGUGUUAUUCGAAUCCAUUUCUCUGGGAGUAUAUGUUCUGUUUUGUCCCGAAUAUUUUUCAUGACUGGCUGUGAAGUCUGCAGCUUGGCUGUAAAAUUUGGAAGUUGCUUCC